AUGCGUUCCCCGGCCCUCUUCCAGCGGCUGGUCAUUUUCGCCUUUGUCUGCACGCUGCUGGUGGCCCUGACAGUCUACCAGCGCGACCGUCUCGCGGCUGGCGUCGGCAGUGUCGUCGACUCGGUCAAGACGGCCGCCGACUCGGCCAAGGAGGCCAGCAAGAACAUUCCGAUUCCGUUUGUGGGCGGCAAGGACGGCGAAGACAACAACGGCGACACCACCGACAAUGCCACCGACAAUGCCACCAACGAGGACGGCGACAAUGACGCCAAUGACACGGGCAGCACCAACAACGCCAACAGCACCAACAACACCAACAACACUAACGCGGCCGAUGACAACAGCGACAAGCCAGCGCCCCCCGACAAGUACAUCUCCGUCUGCCUGGCCGUCAAGGACCAGCGGCUCGACCUGCCCGAGUUCCUGCGGCACCACUACUACAACAUGGGCGUGGGCCACUUCUUCAUCAUGGACGACGGCUCGGAGCCGCCGCUGUCGGAGCUGACCGACGAGGAGCUCACCAUCCCGCGCGACGCCGUCGAGUUCCACUACUUCCGCCCCGACCAGCACGUCAAGUGGAUGCAGUACACCAUGUACAACACGUGCAAGAACGUGGCGAGCAACCACUCGUCGGUCAACACGACGUGGAUGGCCUUUAUCGACGCCGACGAGUUCAUCGACGCGCCCGGGCCGCAGACGCUGCGCGAGGUGCUCGAGGACUUUGGCCGCAUCGAGGCCAUUGGCGGCGUCGCGCUCAACUGGCGCGUGCACACGUCCGGCGGCCACCUGACGCGCCAGCCGUCCGUCAUCUCGGCCUUUACCGAGUGCAUCUACGACGACCCGGCCCACAACGGCAACGGCACCAACAACCGCCACGUCAAGUCCAUCGUCAAGCUCAAGCACAUGGUGCAGCCGCGCAACCCGCACUCCUUUAUCCUGACGCCGAACCACUUUGCCGUCGGCGAGAACGGCGACGUCGUCGAGAGCCACCUGCGGGCGCCCAUCACGCGCGACCGCCUGGCCAUCCACCACUACGCGCUCAAGAGCAAGGCCGAGUUCGAGGACAAGAUGAACCGCGGCAGCGGCAUGUCCCACCACAACGGCUGGAGCGUGUGGGACGACUACGAGACGAUGCCGCACGAGCCGUGCGAGGAGAUGCUGCGUUGGGCCAAUACAUGA